AUGUUCCUCAGCUCAAGUUGCCCGCUGGGGCUUGGGGCUGAGAUGCUGGGAUUUGCGCUGGUCCUCUGCGCAUCCGCGGUGCACGCCAGCCAGACUUGCCUUUCUGACGCAGUUCCCCACGAGCUGCGGAGAAAUGUGACAGCCAACGGCACAAGUAUCCCGCUGGGCAUCUGGAAUGGGCAAGCCAAAUGGCAGACGGCUACGCCAACGGCUGUAUUCCAAAUUCUCGUAGAGGAGUACCUAGGCUACAAUGUAAACGUCGAGGUGUCGAAUUCUGGUGUCGCCCAGCAUGUCCUCUACGCGCUGGCUGGCUGUGACAAUCCCACAGCAAGCGACGAUGUCGACCGUGGCUGCUAUGGACAGGAGACGAAAUGGCACGCAGCAAUUGGCGUCUACCUUACACAAGAGGUGGCGCAGCACUACGAGCAGGUGCAGCGCAUGAAAAUGGGAGGAGUGCUGGAGGAUUUGUCAAGCAUAGGAUUUCCAUCAUAUGCUGGGCUUUAUGUAGAUGGCCAAGCUCAGCUUUCUGCAUUUGUACGAGAGCGGCUGUUUCUGGACGACUACAGGAACUACAACGCGAAGUACGAGAAUCCAAGCCGCUGGUUCUCUAGCAGAGCAAGCAUCAAUACGUCCAAGCUUAUACCGUGCGUGAGGUGGAGAGGCACUUUGCAGAGUGGACUGGAAAUGUUUCUCCAACUCUUUGAUGACCUAGAAGGGCUUGAUUUUUCAGGGCCGGAAAUCGUGCCUUACUGCCCGGAUGGCUUCUGGUGGCUUGCGAGAACUUGCAGGCAAAAUCCAGACGACUGCACUCCCUGCAUCACUGGGAGCUCCCACAGUUAUGUCUACGAUGUGGAGGAGGUUAUGUUCAAGGCCAAUGCGUGGAACAUGUCCUUGGCCCUGGCCGCGGCAGACGGGCAUGCGAUAGGAACCGCCUUUGCCGAGCUGGUCACGGAAGAAAGGCUCCUCUUCUAUUUUUGGGAACCGGACCUGACGUUCCGGCAAGCUCACCGGUUGAUUUCCUUUCCGGAGAACAACGAGCAACAGUGGGCUCUCGGCAACAAGGCCACAAUGGCGCAGCCCUUGGACUUGCGCAUCGUGGGCAACCAGAACCUUGACACCCUAGCGCCGGAUGUGCGGGACCUGAUGAUCAACAUGGAGAUUUCGACAGCGGAGGUGCUUGUGAUGAUGUCCGCGAGUAGCGAUGCCGCGAAAGACCUCCAGGCGGCUCUCGGAACUACUCUGAUCAGGGAGGAGUGGUGGAGCGCUGGCUGGGUCGGGGCGUGCCAGUGGCUGCAGCAAAACAGGCAGGUAUGGCAGGGCUGGAUUUCGCUGCGGUCCAACUGCUAUGCAGGGCAAGGGAUGUGGCAGGUCCUUCAGGAAACCGGUGAGUCUCCGGAUGGUCUGGAGCCUUAUGGUGGGCAGUGGCUGACCAACCGGUCCCAACGAGCAAUCUGCCGCGCUUGCCCGCCCGGGCGCUACUCUGCGCUUCUGGAGGACGCCGACGGCGCCACGGCCGUGUGCCGCCCAUGCCGCCCGGGCACCAGCCAGGCGUACUCCAUGUCCGUGAGCUGCGACUACUGCCCGGCUGGCACCAAAGCGGACCAUUGGGCCGCGACGCGCUGCGAGAAGUGCCCGCAAGGCCAGUACCAGGACGAGACCGCAGCCACAGAGUGCCGCAGCUGCGCAGAUGACAAGACCACGACGGUCCUGGCCGCUGCAAGCGAGAUGGACUGCAUCUGCAGAGCCGGCAGGUACCUGUGGAACCUGACGGAGUGCCGUCCGUGCCCGGAGGGCAUGGACUGCCCGGGCGGCUCGGGCGCGCCGCAGCAGCUCCGGGGCUUCUGGGCGGAGAACCUUGGGACAGAGGCCCGGAGCCGGUACUCGGUCUACUCCUGUCGUGACCCGGCCCGGUGCCCACAAGGCCCCCCGGGCCGGUGUAGCUUCGGGCGCACGGGGCGCGCCUGCGCCGACUGCUUCUUGGGCUACGCCUCCGAUGUGGACGGCUCCUGCAGGCCCUGCGAUGCCCUGUCUUUGUGGCCCUUCCUUCUGCUGCCCAUCGUGAUAUUGGGGCUCCUGCCGCUGCUCGUGGCCGCCAGCAUCCUGGUGAGCCGCGCGCGGCGCGUGGCCACCAGCAUCUUCAUCGUCUGCGUGAUCUUCGGGCAGCUGGUCGUCUGUCUGCAGAGCCUGGAGGCCAUCUACCAGUUCGAGAUCGCCUGGAUCGACCCGGCCAAGGCCGUGCUCUCCUCGCUGGCGCUCUUCAGCCUGGACAUCGAGUUCUCCUGCAUCCUGGAUCCCCAGAGCCACGUGGUGGAGUACGGCUCACAGCUCCUGGCCUACCCCGCCGUGUUGCUGGCCACCUUCGGCUUCUGGCUCUUGGCCCGCUGGGCCAAGCGCCCCAUCACUUUCAACUCGUUCGUGAACCUCCAUGGGGUCUUGCUGGUGGCGUUGCUCACGGCCAUGUCCCUGACGGUGAUGCGGCCCUUCCAGUGCCGGCAGAACCCCAACGGUCUCACCACCAUGGCAACCCGCACGGACGUCCUCUGCUGGGGCCCCGAGCACGGGCCGCUGGUGGUGCUGGCGGCCUUGGGCAUCCUGGCCUACCCCGUCACCAUCCUCUCCAGCAUCGCGUUCCUCACCUGGAAGUACCCUACCUGGCUCAGGUCCGGCAAAGGCCUGGAGGUGCUGGAGAAAUACAACUUCCUCUUCGGCCGCUUCCGCCCGGAGCGCUACUACUGCGGCCUCCUCCUCUCCGGGCACAACUUGGUGGUGGCCCUGAUCCCGGCGGCGCUGGUGUCCGUGCCCGCCUUGCAGGUGGGCAUCAUGGGCAUCGUGGUCUGCAUCAAGCUCGCGUCGCAGAGCCUCCUCUGGCCUUGGCGCGUCGAAGUGGCCAACUACAAUGACCUGGUCCUCUCCACGGCGCUGCUGAUCUUGCUGUUGCUCGCCUCGCCAAUGCUGCGCCUGGAACAGAAUCAGGACGGCAGCUUCCUGGUGGCGGCGCUGCUCACCGGCGUGCUCUGCCUGCUGCCCCUGGUGGCGCUGGCGGCCGCGUGCCUGGCCGCCUCGCUGCGGCUAAGGCCCCAGAGCAAGUACGACGCCUUCCUCUGCCACCACAAGGCGGGCGCCGGGGCCCUCUGCCGCUUCAUCAAGCUCAUCGUGCACAAGUACGGGCGCAUGAACAUCUUCCUGGACUCCGACGAGCUCGACGACCUCGCCCGCAUCUUCGAGAUCGUCAGCUCGGACACCCGCUGCCUGGUGGCGGUGCUCACGCCCGAGCUGCUGCAGCGCAUGUGGUGCGCCGGGGAGCUGACGAGCGCCCGCAAGCACGGAAUCCCCAUCAUCCCGCUCUACUGCGACGGCUACGCCUUCCCCGAUGCGGACAGCAUCAACAACAUCCAGUCCGUGUGGACCGAGGAGCAGCAGUACACCCUCACCAGCCACGGCAUCUCCAUGGAGGACAUCAAGGCCACCUACCGGCACCUGAGCGCGCGGAAGGGCUACGCCUUGAGCCGGCACGCCAGCCUGGAGGAGCAGGAGCGGCUGGUCCUGGAUGUGGCCAUGGCUGCCCGAGGGCCUCGAGGCGCCUGGCGCGCGGAGGUGGCGCCCCAGGGCGCCGUGGGCGCUGCGCGCAUCCUGCUCUGCUCCACGGAGCUGGAGCCCGAGGCCAUCUCCACCGUGCUGAUCCUGCAGCAGAUGGUGCAGCAGCAGCUGCGCAUCGCCACCUUCCGGGCGCGGGGCCUCAAGGACAUCGCGGCCGCGGCCAGCGCCUCCUUCGCGCUGGUGCUGCUGAGCAAGGGCGUGCUGGAGGACCCCGACUUCGCGCUGCGCGUCGGGCAGAUGCGAGCGCAGGGGCUUAGCUUCGUGCCGGUGAACGACGGCACCUUCCAGUUCCCGGCCCCGGACUUCUACCAGCAGGUGGAGGAGGGCGGCGUGGCCGGGCUCAGCCCGAACCUCGGCCGCAGCCUGGCCAAGGCUUUCCAGGCGCUGCUGGGCAUCCUGGCGCUGCCCCUCACGCCCCACGCCUCGAGCGGCAUCCUCGAGAGGCAGGUGACGCAGAUCUGCCAGAGGUUCGGCAACCUCGACGACCUGCUCGAGCAGAGGACCUUGUCCAAGACCGCCACCGACGAGGUCUGCGUCGCGGACAUCUCCAUGUCCCUCACAGGUUUCGAAGACGUGGAUGGCGAUGCGAAAACCACGCCCGACCAGGACCACAGCGCGGAGCUCAACAGUGAGUACUCGAGUCGUGAUGAUCUCUGGUACGCCUAG